UAGAGAGCGUGAGGCGCUGUGGGCCUCAGCAGAGGUUCUCGCGUCAACAGUGAUUGAACGGAACUUCUUCGUCUGUUUUCCAACUAGAUUUUACUUUUGUACUUCGGUUUUGAUAAAAAAGGAGAAAAUCAGCCGAAAUGCAGGCGUCACAGAUCCGCCAGAACUACCACUACGACUGCGAGGCCGCCGUUAACAGGAUGGUGAACAUGGAGCUCUACGCCUCCUACACCUACACCUCCAUGGCCUUCUACUUCUGUCGGGAUGAUGUAGCCCUUGAAGGCUUCUCCCAUUUCUUCAAGGAGAACUGCCAUCAGGAGCGAGCAGAGAAGCUUCUCUCCUUCCAGAACAAGAGAGGCGGACGUAUUUUCCUCCAGGAUAUCAAGAAACCAGAACGCAAUGAGUGGGGAACUGGACUGGAGGCCAUUCAGUGCGCUCUGCAGCUGGAGAAGAAGGUCAACCAGGCUCUGCUGGACCUGCACAAGAUCGCCACAGAGAGGGAGGACCCUCAUCUGUGUGACCUCCUGGAGUCGCACUUCCUGAACGAGGAGGUGGAGAUGAUCAAGAAGAUGGGUGACCACAUCACCAACCUCACCAAGAUGGACGCUGGACACAACAAGAUGUCUGAGUACCUGUUUGACAAGCACAGUCUUGAGAGCUAAAUGCUCCACCAGGCCCAUGACUGAACAUCUCCAUGUUUACAAAAUCUAUUAAGAAAUUUUAAAAUACACUAUGUAAAGUAACUGGAGAGGUUGGUCAGUUUUGCUUUGUGAAAGCAGUUGUUUAGUGAAUAUGUCCACAGCAAUUUAAACAAUGGCUGAAUCUGACCAAUAAAUACUUUAAAGUGGA